CACACACACACAGACAGGCACGCACACUGCCUCCAGAUACACACAGCCAGGAAAUAGUUCUCUCUGACGGAGGAGGCUCUCACUCCGGCUGUGUCAGAUGGCAGAGUGCGUCUGCAGGUAGAGUCCUUCCUGUCUGCAUGCCAGCGAGGCACAGCCCCGUCCUGCCAGGGGCAUGGCCACCAGGAAGAAGUGGCAGACCUUGUUUGUCAGGCAGACGUACAAGCCAUCGGCGGUAGACAAGUGGGACAAGCAUGACCAGAAGCUCUUGGAGGCUGUGGAGAAGGGAGAUGCGAAGAAGGUCACUUCACUUCUGUCCAAGAAGCCCAUCCGAGCCACCAAGACCGGUCCCAAUGGGCAAUCGGCGUUCCAUCUUGCGGCUUCCAAGGGCCUUGUGGACUGUAUGAGCGUGAUUAUAUCUCACAAAGUGGAGAUAAAUGCCAAAACAGAUGACGGCUGCACUGCACUACAUUUGGCCUCAAGUAAUUGCCACCCGGAAUGUGUGAAGCUUCUCCUGCAGCGCGGAGCCCAUGAAGAUUCCAUAGAUUUCCACAGCCGUACGCCAUUACACUGUGCUGCCACGUCGGGCUGUGUUUCCAGCGUGCUACUCCUAUGCAACGCAGAGGACACCAUCUUGGAUGCGGUGGAUGAUGACGGACGGACGCCGCUUAUGAUCGCUGCACUACGCAACCAUCCGACUGUUUGCUCCUUGCUGCUGGACCGCGGCGCAGAGUUGGAUCACGCUGACCGGGAGAAGAAGACCGCUCUGAUCCUGGCCUGUGAGAAAGAUAACAUCCAGGCCGCAGAAACAUUGAUCACGAAGGGAGCCGACCCCAGGCUCAAAGACAGUAAAGGCUACGACCCCCUCUAUUACGCCAAUCUAUCCAGGGACGGAGCGCUCAAGAAACUCAUCCAGACUGCACUGGACAGGAGGAAAAACGAACAGUCUGCUCGAAGUGCUGAAAACCUGUCCGCUUCCAAGCAGACUCCAAGCAAAGAACAUGAGCUGGUCAACAUAUGGAAGAAAAGAUACGAUGAAGAGCAAAAACGGGGUGUAUGGCUACAAGGCGAAUUAAUGAUGAAGACCCAAGAACUUGAGACUCUAUCAAAUGAGAACAGCAGAAUCCGAGAACUUGCCGGCACACUUGAUGGUCUUCUAGAUGACCAGACUGAGACACCGGGAGCUAAGGCAGAAGAAUAUCAUAUCUCAGACACCUGCAAUCUCUUAACUCGAGUUCUCGAGCAGGUUAAAUCCUUCCAAGAUCGUCAAGCAGAAGAACGAAAUCUUCAGGAAGAUAAGAUCAAAGCGCUCAAUGACCGGACUACAGAGACCGAAAAGCUGGAAGAACGACACAGAGAGGAGAUGAGACAUCUCCAGGGUCAAGCCUCUGCAGCAAGAGAAAGGGAGGAGAGUGCACGGAGGAGAGUUACAGAGUUGGAAGGCCACCUGGAGAACAUGAGGGAAGUAAUGUCACAGUUCGAGAAGCGAAAGCGGAUACAGAGUGCAGUGGUGGAAGAUCUGCAGGAACAGAUCUCAGAGGUGAUGUGUGAAAAGGAAGAGUUGCUGGUGGUACUGCAAAAACUCCAGGGGAAGGAAGAAAAGGCCAAAACUGUCCACACAAAGAGACUUGAUAACGGCCAAUCCUUGCCAGACAACCAUGUACUGAAUGAGUUACUAAAAAAACUGAAAAGUGAUUGCGUUAAUGUAGAAAUAAGACCAGGCAAUGAAGUAUCAAAUAGAGGCUCUAGUUAUGUGCCAAAAGAGGUCCUACAAAAAAAUGUAGAUUAUUGGAAGACCACUAUUCCUGCCAUAGAGAACUAUAUCACUAAUAUUGAACGACCGAAAGACAAUCUGGCCACUGCCACAUCAGGGAAUACUGACUCUGGUCUUGGCAACAGUCCCACAGGUAAGCAAAACAAUGGACACAUAACUAUGAGGAUGUCCACCAAAGCCAACCUUCCAGUGGAAGCCAAUGUGCCUUGUUUACAGAAUGACUUAACAUAUCAUACUAAAAGUACUACGAAUCAACUCAACAGCAUACCGUCGCAGGUUAAUGAGCAGGACAGUAGCUGUGCAAAAAAUACAGAACCAUCAAAGCAAGCAGAACUAGAAGCAGAGUUGUCAUCUCUCAAGGUGACUCAUGACAAACUCCUCACCCAAAUGGACCUUGUUAUUCAGGAGAAGCAGAAUUUGGAAGAAGGACUCCUUGCACUACAAGAAAGUAUGCAGUCGCAGUUUGUCAUGAGGCAAGAAAUGGAAAUCCGAUGCAAGGAUUACAAACACCAAAUCUCAGCCCUGUCGGAUGAGCUGCUGGCAGAGCAGGAGAAACUCAAGAAGUUGAACAUAAGGCUGGAGGCUCAGAAGGAAGAAAUGGUCAUGCUACAGGACAGUUUCCCUACGGAGAUCAUUAGAGAAGAAAGCAACAGGGUUGUGAAGACGUUCAGCUCUGAUGUCUUGGAAGAGCUGUACUGGAACGUUGGAACUCUUGUAAGGAAAUACAACGAACUGACACAGCAAGCUGCUGCUUUACAGAAAAAGAACCAAAAGCUUCUAGAUUACCAGGUCCAGACGAUAUCAAUGACCGAGCACAAAAAUAUCCUCAAUGAAAUAAAGAACGAGUUGCACACCAAGGUCAGGGAAACUGAGGAUCUGAAACAGAGGCUGUUCCAAGUCAUGGGAAGCAUGGUCGAGCUCAAAGAGCAACUGGCUGCCCAGACUUCCAACAGCUUCUCUAGACAGGAAGUCGAAAACAGCUUGGCUGACCUGGAAAGGGUGGUUACAGCUCUAAAGGAAGAGAACGAGGAGUGCCAGCUGGCAUUGGAUGGGAAAUGCAAAGAAAUCCUAGUGCUAAAACAGCAACUCGAACAAGAGGCUGAAGAAAGACAGGCAUUAAGGCACAAGGAAGCAAACGCAAAACAGGAGUUUGAGAGAGUCAGGCAUGGUUUAGACAUCCAACUUCAAGAAUUACGAGAGGAAGUCCAGGAGCUGUCCGUGAAAUAUAUGGAGACCUCAAAGGUAGCCGACAACUGCAAAGGAAUGUUGGCAUCUGAAAGGGAUAAGGUCAAGUUUCUAGAGGAGAAAGUUUCCACGCUGACGAAGGAGGCAGAGCAGCUGAAGAUAAAGUCCCAGAAAUAUGAACAAGAGAAGUGCCAUCUCAGUGAGAAGUGUGACCACCUCUCCAGGACUUCACAGGAGAAACAGGAGAAGAUGGAGGAAUCAAUGAAGGAAUUGGAGUCCCUGACAAAAGUGAUCGACCAACACCAGAGACAAUGUGAGGAGCUAGCUGGCCAACUCAAGGACACCAACAAGCGGCACGAGGAAAUCAUCUCCGUAUACAGAACUCAUCUGCUGAAUGCAGCUCAGGGAUAUAUGGAUGAAGAUAUCCAUUUUGCCUUGCACUGGAUUCUUAAGAUGCAGAAGGAACUCGUUUACUGAUCGGAGCCUUGUUGGGAGGGGGGGGGUUAGGCGAGGGGCUGCCGUAAAGGAAUGUUGGCUCGUGCACCGAUCCUUUCUCCCUAACAAUAUGUUCCCAAGUGCUGCAAAGAGGAUGGGAAAUUAUACAUCAAUAGAGACCCAGGACAGAGGCCAAAGCAGUUUCUGAUUGAUAAGUACUGUAUGCAUCACCUUCCGGGAGGUAUCAGGCGUGGAGCAGAGCUCCCUGGUUACCCGUCUCCCUGCUGCAUGUUAUUGCAGAACGUGCCUUACAAAUCAUCCUUGUAAUCUGUACAUAUCCGAGGUGCCAAGAGGUUACAGCGUCCAGUGACAAACACUAGAAUUAUAUGUUAAUUAUACAAUUUCGUACAUAUUCUUUUUUUAUAUUUAAUACAGUAAUAAAUUAUAGAUGUCUGUUAUUGGUUCAAUUAAAACCAAAUCAUUGAAAAUGAGAAUAUAAAA